GGGCAGACUGUAUAUAAACAGAGGAGAGAAGAAGCCUGCGUCAGCUGCUCCGGAGAAACGAUUCCUGUCAGUUUAAAGAAGAGCGACGAUUUCUGGAGGAUUUUUCUAAACUUAUCUCAAGGCCACUUUCACCAUGGAUCUAACCAUCAGUCUGAUGAAUGGGAGCUCCCACAUCCUGAGGGUGCACCCGCAUGACACAGUGGGCUCUCUGAAAAUACUCAUCCAGCAGAAACUAAGGAUUUCAUGUGAGACCCAGAAGCUGGUCUUUGAGAACGGCUGCAGCACAACUCUCAACAACGACUCUGCGACCCUCGAGUCCUACGGCCUGCGCUCCGGGGCCAAGGUGAACCUGCUGGUGACCACACCGGCCAUAAUCCAGGUGUUCCUCAAAAACGAGAAGGGGGUGAGCAGCACGUAUGACAUCAAACCGGAUGAGAUGGUGAGCCACUUCAGGAGCAGGGUGGAGGAGAGAGAGCGGGUCCCGGUGAGCCAGCAGAGGCUCCUCCACGAGAGCAGAGAGAUGAACGAGGGGAAACUCUCCGACUACAACGUCCGAGCAAAUAGCACCAUCUUCCUGAACCUGCGGCUGAGAGGAGGCUGAGGACACUUUCAGUUAAAAGACAUUUCUGGACAUUCCUUUAUUUUAUCUAAAAAUGAAGAUCAUUUAGCUUAUAUUUUUAUUUAAAUUGCACUCAUUAAUACAUUCCUCGAUUAGAAAUCAUUCCAAAAAUAAAACUUUCUUUGUUUUGGCUUUACAAAUAUGUUAUAAACACAUCUUCAUGUUAUAAUUGUAUUAUGACACUUCAAAUCUGACUACAUCAAAUGUACACUGUUAAAAAAUAAUAAAGAUUGUAAUCUUG